AUGGCGACCGGAAGUGGCGGCUCGGGGGGGAAGGGGAAUACCCUAAACCCCAAUGUGACGGAUCUUCUCCAAAAGCUCAAGUUGACUGAGGAGGAGGAUGCCGUUCUGGAUUUCAGCGAUGCUGAGGAAGAAGAAACGCUCGCGCCAGUGGAGUUCGCCCUCUAUGGGAAGAUCCUGUCCCCGGUGCCGGUGCAUGUGUCCACGGUACGUUCGGCGAUGAAACCAGCUUGGGGUAAUCCGGUUGGUCUCAAACUGCGAGCGAUCGGUGAGAAGAAGGACAAUCUGUUCGUGGCGGAGUUCGGCAGCCAGCGGGAUAUGGAACGGAUUCUGGCCGGCGCGCCUUGGAUGGUGGGGAAGUACUCGAUCUUGCUGCAGGAGUACGAUGGAAAACUCACUGCAACAGAUGUCAAGUUUGAAAGGGUGGAGCUCUGGGCUCGUCUCCUGAAUCUCCCUAUUGGGUGGAUGAACCGAGCUAGAGGCUCACGUGCAAUGGAUAUGAUCGGGAAAGUUAUCCAGAUGGAUGUGGAUCGAGAUGGGAAGGCUAGCGGGGCGUUCCUUAGGGCACGUGUUGCUAUUCAGAUUGAUAAGCCUGUUCGUCGUGGGAUCCGGCUCAGGGUCAAUAAGAACGAAGAACCCAGAUGGUUUCAAAUCCAAUAUGAGCGGCUUCCAUAUAUCUGUUUUCACUGUGGUUUCAUGGGCCACUCUGAUUUAGAAUGUGAAACACCGGCAGAGCGAGGAGAAGAUGGGAAACUGCCGUAUGAUGUUAAUUUGCGUGCUCCAGAAGAGAAAAAGAAGAAGCUGCAGUCCUUUGCUGCAGCGGCUGCUGCUUCGUAUGGUAGUGGCUCCUCUUCUGGUUUUAAGCAGACAUCGUCGAAUAGAUCAGGGGCGCGUGGGUCGAGACAUGCUAAUAGCUCGCGCCAUUCUGAGAGUCAAGUGGGGGACUCGGAGGAGCUUGAGAUCGAGUCUCCGAUAAAGCAUACUGAGCAAGGAGCGCAUGCUGAUACGUCAGGGGUUAGCAGGAACCUGUUUCAAGCAAUGGACGAAGAUCAACGGCUUGCACCACGUAAGAGGAAGUCAAAGCCGUCGUCCAGAGGAGUGCACACUCCUGAUCUGAACAUUCCAAUUGAGGGGGGAUCCAAUGCCAUUGUACCCAUUGGUCUGGUGAACUCGCGUGUAAGUCAGCUAGAUGGUGCUGGUGACAGUAGUGGCAACAGCAUGAUUGAACAGCUGAAGAAGCAGAAGCGGGGCGAACCAAAUGAUGCAAGAUCGGCGGCGGCUGCGAGCGGCAGUCCCCGCCGGGCACAAUGA